AUGGCUUCGCUCGCGGACGAGGCCGUGUGGGCGCCUCUGGGCUCCCUCUUUGGCUCCGCGAUCAGCUUGGAGGACAUUGUCGUGAACAUGUUGCCCUCUAUAGUCGCCCUGUUUUUAUCACCCCUCGUGAUUUCCGACUACUUCAGGCAGCCGGUUUAUGUACGCAAUAGCCCCCUGCUGUGGCUCAAACUUGUUGGCGCUGCCUUUCUCAUUGCAGUCGAAAUGGCCUGUCUCGUUUUUCGUUGCACCUUGAUUGGUGCACGUACAGACUCGACAUUUGCUGCUGCCUCCCUUGAUCUCAUGGCCGCCUCUACCGUGGGCGCCGUCUUCUACAUUGAGCACCGGCGUGCCAUGAGAACAUCCACUUUUCUGGGCUUGCAUCUGGCCGUAGGCAUUUUGAUUGAUGCCACCAGAAGCCGAUCUUACUUUUCGCGACCUGGUUUGGAGAUGAUUGGCGCACUCGCGGCAGCCGCAGCGAGUAUCCGCUUCAGCUUGCUGAUCCUGGAGGAGCUGCCCAAGGAAAUAGCUGUACCCGAUGACAAGGUCGACGAGAUAGGAAAAGAGGCUAGAAGCGGUUUUUGGGGCCGAACUUUUUUUAUGUGGUUGCAUUCGACGAUUCUUCUCGGUUUCCGCAACAUUCUCACAAUCAGCGACUUAGGCAGCAUUGGCUCCGAGUUCUCAAGCAGGCUGCUGUACACGCGCUUCAGCGCUCUUUGGAGGAGCCCAAGCAACGUAUCGCAUUCUUCUCUACCGGUCGCGUGCUUCAAAAUGCUACGUUGGCCAUUCUUGGCCGUCCUUCUGCCGCGACUCGCUGUGACGGCAUGCAACUUUAUGCAGCCUCAUCUGCUGGAGAGAUCCAUUGCUAUUAUUGGAAACCCAAACACUACGGAAGCAGAAGUAAACGAGAUGAUUGGUGCAGUGGCUGCCGUGUUCAUGGGAGUUGCAUUGUCGCACGCAAUGACAGACCACAUGGCCUACCGCUGCGUCACUCGGCUGCGAGGCGCUCUUGUCUCUCAUAUUCUUGCAAAAACUCACCGACUGCCCGUCUCCGAUGCCAAAAAGUCUUCUGCUGUCACGUUGAUGAGCACUGAGAUCGAGAGCAUUGCGAUAGGGCUCCCCAAGUGCCUCGAUCUGCUCAUUGGUCUCGUUGAAGUAGGCUUGGGAGUAUACUGCCUUUCUCGCUUUACCGGCCAUUCCUCCAUUCUGGUUGUGAUCAUGACUAUUCUGUCCUCCAUUGUAUCAUACAUCCUCGGCCGCCGGGUCACCCUGGCUUACAAGGAUUGGAGUAAGAGCAUCGAAACUCGGGUUGCGGAAACCUCGGCCGUAUUGUCGCAGCUACAAACGAUCAAGACCUUGGGCCUGGGUCCAACUAUCGCCAAACACGUCCAGCGUCUCCGAGCUGAGGAAAUCAGAGAUUCGCGACCGUAUCGACUACUAGGAGCCUGUCUUUAUACUUGGAUCGAGUUUGCGGAUUCUAUGACACCCGUUCUAGUCAUUGCUCUCGGCCUGUUCUGGAAUGGUUCGCCUAGACACCUUACUGCCUCGACUGUUUAUCCUGUUCUUUCCAUUUUGGCGUUGACUACACGACCGUUGAUGACUAUAUUGCAUUCUUAUUCCAUGGUACAGCCUAUGAUUGCCAGUCUGGCUCGCAUCGAUGAAUUUUUGAGGCUUGAAGAGCACAAAGACCAACGUCGCCGCUUGCGUAGCUCCCCUGUGACGGUAAAGAGCCCUGGCAAGCAAUUCAGUGAUUCAAAGACCAGUGUGGAUGAAGCGACGCCGAAUGCAGUGGAGUUUCGCAAUGUCUCCAUGGGACCACGGGAUCUAGAAGAUCCGAUCUUUAAAGAUCUGAGCUUUUGUAUUGCACGGGGCUCUACUUCUGUCGUGCUAGGCCCAAUGGGCUCUGGAAAAUCGUACCUUUUGCGAUCCGUCCUCGGUGAGUCCCACAUCUCUACCGGCUCUCUCUAUGUCGACGACUGCAAUAUUGCAUACUGCGGCCAGGAUGUGUGGCUUGAGAAUGGCUCUCUCAAAGACAACGUCAUUGGGCCUCGGCCUUUUAAUUCGCGUCUGUAUAGCACAACUCUCCGUGCAUGCAUGCUCGAGGAGGACGUUGCGCUGCUGCCCGGCGGCGACAACUACAAAGUGGGUAGCCGAGGUGUCCGACUGAGCGGUGGACAGCGCGCCCGAGUGUCCAUUGCUAGAGCUGUCUAUUCAGAACUUUCUGUUGUAAUUUUGGACGAUAUUUUUAGUUCUCUGGACCGGAAGACUGCGGUCGCGAUUCUCGGGCGGCUCCUCGGCGAAAACGGCAUUUUCCGGACGCGCGAGACCACAGUGCUGCUCGCUACGUAUAUGCCCGAGUCAUUGGAUGUUGCAGAUUCCAUUAUUUUGCUGGAUGGCAAAGGCAAGGCGACGUGGGAAAAGAACUCCGAGUGCGGCACCCACCGCGAGGAAAUACUCCAGGCUUUGAGCUCCCGCAAUAGUCCUACCCCCAGCGUCGCCGGAGACCAGCAAAACGAGACUCUCAGCACACCCGGUAAAGAUGAGCAGAGCGGAGUCGCAGAACCCGGGGAUGUGCUCUUUUCCCGGCAAAAAGGCGAUUGGGGCCUCUAUACGCUCAUUUGCAACGCUUUUGGCAAGCGUCAAUUUGUCGGCUGGUUACUUCUUGUAUCUGGUUUGUCCUUUGGCGAGAUUGCCCCAUCCAUCUACUUGCGUUUCUGGAUAUCACAUGCUCCAUCAGAUAUGUUUUACUUUAUCGGCUUCGCCAUGCUUGGUCUUUUCGCCGUGGUCAUGGUGAUCUUUUGUUAUUGUGUUCUCUUCCUCAAACUUAGCCCUCGUGCUUCCUAUGUUUUACACAAAAAACUACUAAACACCACUCUGCGGUCGACCCUUGCCUUUUUCAGCACAACAGAUGCCGGAUCCAUCCUGAAUAUAUACAGCCAAGACAUGACGUCUAUUAGCCAUACCCUGCCCAAAGCAAUGUACAGCUUCCUCUAUGCCUUCAUAUAUCAAGUAUUCCAAAUUGGAGCCAUUGUUUCUGGAUCGACAUACAUGGUGGCGAUCCUAGCACCCACCAUAGCAAUUGCCUAUGCGAUCCAGUACGGCUAUCUUCGCACCUCGCGCCAGCUGCGGUAUCUCGACCUCGAAUCCAAAACGCCUCUUUACACGCUCUUCACCGAGAGUGCGGAAGGACUCCUGUACAUCCGCGCCUACGGUUGGCAAGAGCACAAGCUCCAGUGCGGCUUUGAACGACUAGAUGUGUCGCAAAAGCCCUACUACAUGCUCUCUUCCCUCCAGCGCUGGCUCGGUUUGAUGUUGGAUUUGCUGGCUGCGGUCAUUGCCGUCGUCUUGGCAACUCUGGCACUGAAGCUACGCAACACAACCUCCGAGGCGGCGUUUGGCCUGUCUUUUUUCCAUGCCAUCGAGUUUAGCCGGAUUCUUUCGGCCGUUAUACACUCUUGGACGCACCUGGAAACCACAGUUGGCGCCAUCUCGCGGCUGCGUUCGUUCUUGCGCGAAACGCCGGUUGAGUCUGAAAAGGGCGUGAUCCCACCAAAGAACUGGCCGCGCAGCGGCAAGAUCCAAAUUCAGCGUGUGACAGCCCGACACGGGGCUGAGAACAAAGACCCGGGAGCUCUGAAGUGCAUUUCCUUGACAAUUGAACCUGGACAGAAAAUUGGUCUCUGUGGAAGGACCGGAAGCGGCAAAAGCUCUCUCCUCAUGACUCUGCUCGGUUUCCUCAGUUACAGCGGCAACAUAAAGAUUGACGGGCUCGAAAUCUCCGCUGUCCAGCGCGACGAACUCCGCGGGCGCAUCACCACCAUCUCGCAGGAGCAGCUCGAGCUCGCCGGCAGUAUCCGCGCCAAUCUGCGUCCCUACGACCUCGAUGGCAAAGGCACUGUUUACACGUCCUACCUCGAUUCCAAAUCCCAAAGUAACGAUGGGGACGCCACGCCGCGAAACAAUGACGACGAGCUGCAGGCGCUGCUCGAGCGGCUCUGCUUGUGGGAGGCCAUCGCAGCGACCUCGGGAGGCCUUGACGGGACUCUUGCUGAUGCGAGCCUGUCGCACGGGCAGAUGCAGCUGCUCUGUCUGGCGCGUGGGAUCCUUCGGCGGCGUACGACUGGCAGCCGGGUGGUGUUGGUGGACGAGGCGACGAGUAGCGUAGACCCGAUGACGGACGCUACCGCACGGCUCGUCAUGGCCGACGAGUUCGCCGGCUGCACGGUGCUGACGGUCACUCAUCGCCCGGAAACACUCGCCGCAGCGGAUGUGCGUGUCGAGCUGGCGCAGGGGCGCAUUUGUGCUGUCCAGGAGACGGUCGCGGCUACGAGGGAGCGAGAGGAGAGGAAGAAAUGUGGUAUUGAGGAUGCGGGACGACGGCGGGAAGCGUCAAUGGCGGCCAUUGCGCAGAUGGCCAAAGCGGUGAAACGGUAA